AUGUCAAAUUUGAAAAAUACCACAUCCUCUUCCGUCAUUUUCCUGCUGACUGGUGUUCCCGGGCUGGAAGCCUUCCACAGCUGGAUCUCCAUUCCCUUCUGCUUUCUCUAUGCAACUGCUCUCUCAGGAAACAGCCUGGUUCUCUUUGCCAUCGUCACUCAGCCCAGCCUCCACGAGCCCAUGUAUUAUUUCCUCUCCAUGCUGUCCACCACUGACCUUGGCUUGUCUGUAUCCACUCUGGUCACCAUGCUGGGUAUCUUCUGGUUCAAUGCCAGGGAGAUCAGCUUUAAUGCCUGCUUGUCACAGAUGUUCUUUAUUAAAUUCUUCACUGUCAUGGAGUCAUCAGUGUUGUUGGCCAUGGCUUUUGACCGUUUUGUGGCCAUCUCUGACCCCCUCAGGUAUGCCAUCAUUUUGACGGACUCCAGAAUAACUCAGAUUGGAGUGGCCAUUGUCAUCAGGGGGGUGCUAACGCUCACGCCAAUGGUAGCACUUCUUAUGAGACUGUCCUAUUGCCGCAGCCGCGUGCUCCAUCACUCCUACUGCUUCCACCCGGAUGUGAUGAAGCUCUCGUGCACGGACACCAGGCUCAACAAUGCAGUGGGGCUGACUGCCAUGAUCUCUACUGUUGGUGUGGACUCAAUCCUCAUCCCCUGUUCUUAUGUUUUGAUCAUCAGGACUAUCCUCAGCAUUGUGUCCCCAGAAGAGAGGAAGAAAGCCUUCAGCACAUGUAUCUCUCAUAUUGGGGCUGUUGCCAUUUUUUAUAUCCCAUUGAUCAGUCUGUCUUUUGUUCACAGAUUUGGGAAACGGGCCCCAGCCUAUGUACAUACUAUGAUUGCUAACACCUACCUGCUAAUCCCCCCUGUCAUGAACCCCAUCAUCUACAGCGUGAAGACAAAACAGAUACGCAGAGCUGUGGUAAAAAUUCUCCAUUCCAAAGACACAUAG